AUGUUGUCGACCAUAUCUUUCCAGAUGGUGACGGUGUGCUUGUCCUUUCUGGCAGGACUGGUCGUCUCUCAGGAGACGCAAUGGAUUUAUGACAUACCUCCAGAGGAGGCAGCGGCGCUCGCUAGUAUUGUUGAGGAUGAUCCUGGAGAUGUCAUUUCAAUACAAGCCAAAGACUGGCUGAGCCCCGAAUAUGCCUUGAUCUACAAAGUGCCUUUACCAAUUCCCCCAAUCAAGCAACCGACCAAAUUUAUCAACAAUGCGGCAAUCGCAAACUCUGUCCAUCUGCACGGAUCUUACUCCCGAGCGGCAUUCGACGGCUGGGCAGAAGAUGUGACACAACCUGGCGAGUUCAAGGAUUACUACUACCCCAACCAACAAAGUGCCAGACUUCUCUGGUACCACGAUCAUGCAGUUCAUGAGACGGCGAAGAACGCUUAUUUUGGCCAGGCUGGUGCCUACAUCCUAACCGACCCAGCGGAUGACGCACUCAAUCUCCCUUCGGGAUACGGGAAAUACGAUAUUCCUCUUAUCUUGUCGGCCAAACAGUACAAUGACGACGGGACAUUAAAAACAACAGAUGGCGAGACAGACAGCCUCUGGGGUGACAUAAUCCACGUGAAUGGGCAACCGUGGCCAUUCCUCAACGUCGAGCCGAGGAAGUACCGUUUUCGCUUCCUAAACGCAGCUGUCUCUCGGUCAUUCGCGCUUUACUUUGCCUUGAGCUCCAACGUAAAUGGAAAGUUGCCCUUCAAGGUGAUUGCGAGUGACGCGGGUCUGCUCGGAAGUCCAGUUCAAGUCUCCGACAUGUACAUCUCAAUGGCUGAGCGUUAUGAGAUCGUCUUUGAUUUCUCGGCCUAUGCUGGCCAGGCCGUCGAGCUCCGAAACCUCCCGAAGGCGGGAGGAGUAGGAGUAGAUGACGACUACCUCAACACAGAUAAGGUCAUGCGCUUCAUGGUAUCGUCCACACCGGUUACGGACACCUCGUCUGUGCCGGACACAUUGCGAUCUGUUCCCUUCCCCACCUCCACUACCCCAAAUGUCAUCGACCACCACUUCCGUUUCCACCGAUCAAACGGCGAGUGGCAGAUCAACAAUGUUGUGUUUGCCGACGUCGACCACCGGGUCCUGGCCAAGGUGCCCAGGGGCACCACUGAGAUCUGGGAGCUCGAAAACUCCAGCGGUGGCUGGUCCCACCCUAUCCAUGUUCAUCUAGUUGACUUCCGAGUACUCGCAAGGACGGAUGGUAACCGAGCUGUGAUGCCGUACGAGGCAGCCGGUCUCAAAGAUGUGGUGUGGCUCGGCACGGGAGAGACGGUGAUCGUGGAAGCCCAUUAUGCGCCGUGGGAUGGACUCUACAUGUUCCAUUGUCACAAUCUCAUCCAUGAAGACCAUGACAUGAUGGCCGCCUUCAACGUCACUGCUCUGACCAAUUGGGGCUACAACGACACGACACUGUUCCUGGACCCCAUGGAGCCCAAGUUCAGGGCCAAACCCUUCGGUGCCGGGGACUUCCAAGCGAGAACAGGCUUGUUCAGCGAUGAAGCCAUCGAGGCAGCGGUGAAGGAGCUGGCCGAGGAGGAUCCGUACAGCCAUGUCCAGGAUGUCAAUGAUGCUCUGGACAAUUACUGGAAGGGACAGGCAGCUUCUGCCCCCAGCGCGGCCAAACGGGAGGUGGACGGAGAGACAAGGCCCAUCGCUCGCCGUAUACGGUUCCAAGCUUGA